GCGCAUGAGAACCACAAGAUUUACACCUCUUUUCCUUCACUUCAUUAAUAAUAAUUAUAAAUAUUUAAAUCUUCAAAAUCAAAUUAAAAAAAAAAAAAAAGCAGAAGAAGAAAAUGCUUCUUCAUAACCAAAUUUCCAUUGCUCUGCGUACGCCAUUGAUACCCAUAAAACCUACACUCAAACACCACUCAAAAAACACCGCUGUUUUUGCCCAACAACGGAAUGCACCACCCCCGGCAACAAACUUUUCAAUCUCCGACGAAUCACUGUCGUCACGAGGAUUCACUAUCCACCGUACGAUCGACAACCUCGACGUCGACCAACUCAACACCGUUUUUGUCGCCGUCGGAUUCCCGCGGCGCGACACCGGCAAGAUCCGGUUGGCGCUGGAGCACACGGACGCGCUUCUGUGGGUCGAAUACGAAAAGACGAAAAGGCCAGUGGCGUUUGCUAGAGCAACAGGUGAUGGAGUGUUUAAUUCGAUAAUUUGGGAUGUGGUUGUGGAUCCGAGCUUCCAGGGGAUUGGAUUGGGGAAGGCUGUGAUGGAGAGACUCAUCACCGCCCUGUUAGAGAAGGGGAUUACCAAUAUUGUUUUGUAUUCUGAGCCCCGGGUUUUGGGUUUCUAUAGGCCCAUGGGUUUUGUUGCAGAUCCGGAUGGGAUCCGGGGGAUGGUGUAUUCUAGGAAGCAGAAAAAGAAAAAAUAAAUCCUCAUUUCUAUAGUUUGUUAAGUACCAAAAUUCGUUUGCUUCGUUCUUGUUAAAAAGACAAUAUCAAUGUAGCAGUUUGCACUUUAUGUAGUAUCUAUUUAGCCAGGUGGAUUCCAUGGAAAUUUUCCAUUUAAUGUGAUCAUCCGUUAAUGUGAUAGUGAGAUCGAUGAUACAUUGUUUAAUGUUUA